AGAUUAUUUUAAUCGGCCAACUUAAGAAGCCAAUCAUAUUUUAUGGCUCAGAACCAAAACCACCCACCCUAAAUUUUGCUGCUGCCCUAUAAAAAAGGAUGGUAUGAGCACUCCCAUAAAACUGACCAAUUAUUUUACAAUCCCAUCUUUUUUUUGUAGAGAGAGAGAAGAGAGAGAGAGAGAGAGGAUAUGGAAGUUACAAGAGCAUUUCAGCCAUAUGCACGCAGGUAUCUAUUGGCUUAUCAUACGAUUCCUGAAAAUUAUGUCCAUUGGUCACAAACCCCUGAAUCCCAUGUUUACUCAGCUGAUAUCCCAGGUGUGAGGAAAGAGGACUUAAGAGUGGAAUUGGAGGACUCGAGAUACGUCAUCAUAAGAACUGCGGAAAUGGCGGAGAGGAGCUUCAGUAGGAAGUUCCGGCUGCCGGAGCAGGUGGAUGUCGACGGAAUCUCCGCCGAGUAUGUCGCCGGAGUAUUGACGGUGAAGGUGCCGAGAUCUUUCGUUAGAAGGGGUUUUGUUGUUGACCCUGCUGACAGGCCUGAAACUGUUCAUGUUCUUGCAAGGGCUGCUUGAUUCUAAGCUAUACAAGUUGUGUUUGUUGUUAUUGUUCUAAAGUGUGGUAUGAAAUGCGACUUAUUAA